UAAUUUAUUACCGUUGAGUUUGCGCUAGUCUUGCUUUUUUGGCAGCUAAAUAUGCUUACAACAUGGUUUAAAACGGAAACAAACAGAGAUUUGGAGCAAACUGCAUUCACAAAAGCAGCUUAUUGUAUAAUUUUUUUUGGUCAACAAUUGUACAUCAUUGUUUUCAGGCUGUUGCAGGAAGAACGCAAUAUUCCUGCUGUUCUGGCCUGACUUGCAGCUGUAAUGAUGGAAUGCAUUGCUAAAGUCAAGCUGUAGAUGAGGAGAAACAGAAGCUCUUCAGGAACUAAAAAGACCCGAAAUUGACCAGUUUCUUUUAUAGGUCCAUCAAAAUACUAUACGGAGGAGCCAAUUGGGACUGGGCAGUUGCCAUAACUGAGACAACUGUAUGAAAUUGAGGAUGAGAAGUGUUAGCAGAUGGGAAAGGAUUUAAGAAGAUCUUUUGUUUGAGAAAGAGAUAAUGAGCUCAAAUCCCGUUGCCAGACGAGAAGAAGGGGGGCAGACCCCGAACAUCCAACAGUCUGCACUGAGACAACUCUAUGGUCAAUAUGGGCAAGGAAACCAGCCUGAGUCUGUGCUAAACCCUGAUUCCACAGUUCACAGCGUUCAGGCCCCACCUCAACCCGUGGUACCAAAGCAACUGGGCUGGAAUGUGGGUGUUUGCAGUGAAUGGGACAGCAUCGAAGGACUGUACCAUCGGGAACUGGAAGAGGUCCGGGCCAGAGCAGCUCAGAUGGAGAAGACCAUGCGCUGGUGGUCGGACUGCACGGCCAACUGGCGAGAGAAAUGGAGCAAGGUGAGGGCAGAACGAAACAAGGCCCGCGAGGAAGUGCGACAGAUGAGGCAGAAGCUGGAGUCAGUGGUGAAGGAGCUGGCCGCCGUCAAAAGGGAAAAGCAGGAGCUUUUAAACGAAAACGAAGGACUGAGGAGAGAAGCUAAAGCAUCAAAAGCUCAGUCAGACGCCUUGCCGGUCAGGCUGGAGGAAGAUGAAGUUAAUCCUCUGGAGCAGGAACCCGUCAAAGAUGUGAAGUGUGAUAACAAUGCAACUUCUCCGAAUAAAUUCACUGGCUCACCAAACAAGGGUAUUGAUAUAAUUGAAAAUAUACUGAGAGAUAAGCGUCAUGGAGGAGGACAAGGUCUGGAGUCUUCUGCCACCUUGAGUUUGUGUCACUCUACUAUGUGUACUGAAAGAGCUAAGCUCCUGCUGGAAGAUAGCCUACAGCCCUUUGAGAGUGACUCCAUGAAAACCAUAGCCCUGCAGUUCCGUUUGGAUGAAUCACAGAAAAUACUUCAAAGGGAAAGAGAGGACAAAGCUGCACUUGGAAGGCAGAUUGAAAAACUGGAAACGGAUAUAUGCCAGUGGAAGGACAAAUAUGAAGACCUGAGCAAAUCCAAGCAGGAAAUCCUCAAGCAGUUGACCCUCCUUCGUGAUGCCCAUCAGAAUGAGCUUGGAAGGAUCUCAGAAGAUCUGGAAGAUGAAGUUGGAGCUAGAUCUAACAUGGAUAGGAAAUUAGCUGAUCUGCGUACUGAGCUAGAGAGGCUUCAGGCUGAGAACACUGCUGAAUGGGGGAAACGAGAACGAUUAGAAACAGAGAAACUGAGCCUGGAGAGGGACAACAAGAAGUUAAAAGUCCAGAUUGAAGAUCUGGAGAAAAUGCUGGCAAAGAGAAGUCAGCACAACACAAACAUCAUUGAUUCAGAUUUCAAAGCAAUGCAGUGUGAGCUGUUUGAGAAAAAUAAGGAGCUUUCUGACCUUCGACAUGCCCACAAUAAACUGAAGAAGCAAUACCAAGACAAGAUGGCAGAAUUCACCCAUUCCAAUCGAAGAGUCGAACAACAUGAAACAGAAGUGAAAAAGUUAAGAUUGCGGGUGGAAGAGCUGAAGAAGGAACUGGCACAAGCAGAAGAUGAGCUGGACGAGUCGCUGAACCAGAUCAGGAAGCUGCAGCGUUCCUUAGAUGAACAGACAGAACUGAAUGACAACCUUCAAGUCCAGUUCGAUCACUUGCAGACCAGGUUAAGAAGACAGCAGACAAGUUCACUGUUUGGAAUGAAGCUCAGCUCAGCGUAUAACCCUGAUGACGCUGCAGAAACAAUCAGUGAGGAAGAUGACCUGGAACUCGAAGUGAAAUAAGAUGACAAAUCCAAUGUAACUGCUGUGAAAACAGGGAAACUGGUAAAAGAUCGAAAAUAAAUUUACUUCUCUUCAGGGUCACACACCAAACAAACAACUUCUGUCAAGCAAAAGAAUGAAAUAAAAUGACAACACAUUUAAGAUGAAUUCAAUCAAAGCUUUUAAACCCAUCAGAGAUUUGCUACCUUUCAACAGAAAGAGAUGAUAAUUAUUCAAAACAUUGAGUUCUGCAAUCCAUCACUAGUGUGUGUAAUAUGGUAAUAUAUUUUGAACCAUAAAAUCAUUAUAUUCUUUUUAUUCGUAAAUCCUCAAAGUGUACAGUUAAUUCAGUGUCAAAUGGUUUGUAAGAACUAAUACUAUGAUGUGAAAUUUAGAAUACGAUCUUCCUGUAGCCCAUUGGAAACAAUCAGUAACUCUUCACAAUUUAAAGGGUAAAUAUGUCCACCCUUUUCUGACUACUGCAAUUGACUGGUUGUGAGAGCAGGCCGCAGAACCUCAAUUCUUGUAAGAAUGUGCAUGGCACCCUGUCAGCAACUUCCUCUUAGAGUCCACUCUUCAAUACUUUCUCAUGCAGGUCCAAUUCACAAUGCCAACUCACCCUUUGUGAUCGUCAAUUCGUAAAUCUUAUUCUCUAGUAGUGACACCGUAUAGCUUUGUGCACAAAGCAUUGCCAUUGUAUGGUUGCCUAUAUUGAUGCCACUGUCCUCCCAAAUUUGAAUCGAUCCACAAAGAAUUUUCAUGGAUUCUCACUCUAGAAAUUUUACUUAAGGGCUUUUUUGUUGCAAGUUGUACACUUUCAUGUUGUAUUGCUGGGCAAGAGAUUGGGUUUGGGAUUGGACUUCCAGUGCUGGGGUCAAAUGCGAUCAUGAUGCCACACAGUUGGGGAAGCGCUCACCCCAGCAGGGAUUUUCCCUGGAUUGGCCAAUUAAUGGCCAGUGAGCAGGCUCACAUCCAAUUAAAGGCAGUGGAUGGGAUCUCAAAGCUGCACAGGCGAUAGGAGGCCCCUGAAUUUGGAAGGAACAGUGGCAGCAGUUGGUUAACUUAAAGAGAAGGUGCUUCCACUUUGAUUGAGGUUCCUCUCGCCAAAUAUUUGGACUUACAAACUUCGAAAUACCCUCAGAGGCAGGGUCAGCAUUGUCGAUUAGAUUCCUCUCUGCAGGUUAAGCUAAGGCUGCAGCAGUAUCCAAUCAGGUUGGAGGGGUCACAGUGUUUGUCUAGAAUACCUGCUGCUCCGCCAACCUGGUCUGUCACUGGGAGACCACCAUCAGGCAGCUGGCCUAGUCUCCAACACUGUAGGGUACGAGAAAACAGGAGAGAAAAUUGCAAUCAGUCUCUGACAAAAGGCCUCACAAGGUCACCCAUCGCUUGCAGGCAGUUAGUUCUUCCAACUCUUAACACUUUAGGAAACAGCCCAAGCGUGAAUCAGCCUGACUAAAAUCCUCUUGGUCAUGUUUAAAAUGGCAGAUCAGCCCAGAAAGCAGGGGACCCACCCCUGAGUAUGGCAGUUAAGAAUAGAAUCUUCUCAUCUUGCUAAUGACCAGUGACCAUAACUCUCUUAGCUUUAACAUAGUUAUGGAACAAAAUAGGACAGGUCCACAUGUUAAGGCGCUCAGCAUUUGCAGGGCCAAUUUUGGGGCCAUUUGGCAGGAUCUAGCAAAGAUCAAUUGGCUGAGUCUGUUUGAAGGAAAAGGAACAACUGGCAAAUGGGAGGCUUUUAAAAGAGUGAUAUCGAGAGUCCAAGGACAGUAUGUCACUGUUUUAGGGUGAAGGGAAAAGCUGGCAGUUUCAGGGAUCCCUGGCUGAUGAGGAUAUUGAGGCUCUGUUAAGGAAAAAGAAGGAGGUAUACAUUGGGUUUAAACUAUUGGGCUCAUGUGAAUCCCUCGAUGACUAUAAAAAGGUGUAGGAGCACACUUUAGAGGGAUAUCAGAAGACCAAAAAGAUGAUAUGAGAUGGAUCUGACAGAUAAGGUUAAAGAUAAUCCCAAGAGGUUCUAUAACAAUAUUAAGAGUAAAAUGGUGUCUAGGGAGAGAAUAAGUCCCCUUAAAGAUCAGCAUAGCUGUGUAUGUGUGGAGCGGCAGGAGAUGGGGGAGAUGUUUAAUGAAUAUUUCUCCUGAGUGUUUAUUGAGGAGAGAAUCAUGGAUGCUAAGGAAAUAAGGGAAACAAGUGGAGAUGUUUUGGACCACAUUACAUAUUAACAGAGAGGAAGUGUCUGUAGCAUUAAAGUGCAUUAAGAUGGAUAAAGCCCCUAGGCCUGAUCAAGUCCAUCCUUGGAUGUUGUAGGAGGCUAGGGAAGAAAUUGCAGAGGCCUUUGCAGAGAUUUUUGUUUCAUUUUUAGCCACUGGUGAAGUUCCGGAAGACUGGAGGGUGGCUAAUGUCGUUCCAUUGUUUAAGAAAGGUAGCAAAGACAAGCCAGGGAACUACAGGCCAGUGAGUCUGACAUCACUGGUAGGCAAGUUAUUGGAGAGGAUACUGAGGGACAGGAUCAGCCAAUACUUGGGCAGUCAAGGUCUGAUGGGGGAUAGUCAGCAUGGAUUUGUGUGCAGAAAUUCAUGUCUGGUAAAUCUUUUUUGAAAAGGUAAUCCAAAGGUUAGAUGGGGGGAGGACAGUGGAUGUUGUCUCUGGACUUUAGUAAGACUUUUGACAAGGUCCCACAUGGCAGGCUAGUCAUGAAGGUUAGGUCGCAUGGGAUCCAGGGAAAGCUAGCUAAUUGGAUUAAAAAUUGGCUCAAUGGCAGGAAGCAGGGAGUGAUGGUUGAAGAUUGUUUCUCACAUUGGAGGCCUGUGACUAGUGGUGUGCCACAGGGGUCAGUGCUGGGACCUUUCUUAUUUGUUAUUUACAUGAAUGGUCUGGAUGUGAAUAUACAAGGCAUGGUUAGUAAAUUUGUAAAUGAUAUAAAAUUAGGAGGUAUCGUUGAUAGCGAGGAAGGUUAUCAAAAAUUACAGAGGGAUCUUGAUCAGAUGGGGAAGUGGGCUGAGGAUUGGCAAAUGCAAUUCAAUACAGAUAAGUGUGAGGUGUUACAUUUUAGCAAGUGAAACCAGGGUAGGGCUUACACAGUAAUUGGUAAUGUCCUGGGGAAUGUUGUGGAACAGAGUGUUCUAGUAGUACAAGUACAUAGUUCAUUGAAAGUGGCAUAACAAGUUGACAUGGUGGUGAAGAACGCAUUUAGCAUGCUGGCCUUCCUCAGUGGAGGCAUUGAGCAUAGGAGUUGGUGCAAUAUGUUAUAGUUGUAUAAGUCAUUGGGGAGGCUGCACUUGGAGUAUUGUGUACAGCUUUGGUAACGUUUCUGUUAUAGGAAAGACCUGGUUAAAAUGGAAAGUGUGCAAAGAAGGUUUAUAAUUAUGUUGUCAGGACUAGUAGGCCUAAGUUGUAGCCAGGGGUUGGCCAGGAUAGGACUUUAUUCCUUGCAACAUAGGAGAAUGAGGGAUGACCUUAUUGAGGUAUAUAAAAUCAUAAGGGGCAAGAUUGAACAAAUGCAUAUAGUCUUUUUCCCAGGGAUGGGAAAUUGAACACCAGAGGGCAUAGGUUUAAGGUGAGAGGGGAAAGAUUUCAGAAGGACCUGAGUGGCAACUUCAUGUACAGAAUGCUGUAUGAAUGGAAUGGGCUGUCAGAAAAAGUGAUUGAUGCAGGUACAAUGGCAACAUUUCAAAAAACAUUCAGAUAGGUACAUGGCUAGGAAGUGUUUAGAGGGAUAUGGACUAAAUGCAGGCAAUUGGAACCGGCUGACUAGGGACAGUGACGAGCAUGGACCAGUUUGGACCGAAGGUUCUGUUUCCAUGCUGCACUACUCUAUGACAAGCUUAGAAGUGGGAAAGAGAUGUGAUUUGGUGGAAUGUUGACUUCUACUCUUCAUUUCUGAAGAAGCCAUAUAGGACUUGAAAUGUUAACUCUGUUUUCCCUUCACAGAUGCUACCAGACCUGCUGAGUUUCUCCAGCAGUUUCCGUUUCUGUUUCAUGAUGUAACUUUUCUGAUCAUACCUGGCAAAUCUAACCUCCACUAAUGACAACAUUGAUUUCAAUGGAGAGACAUAGAACCAGAGCAAAAAAAUGACAAGAAGAAUGAAUUGUCGAAAAGAAUGACAAAAAAUUAAAAAGUAUGGAUUUAAAAGAUAAACGUAAGAGUCAGUGGGAUGACGAGUCAGAGGGGAUGGCAGAGUGCAAAUUUGUUUCCUGCUUUCUGGACUGUCUCUUGAUGGAGUAUGCAUCAAGAAGGGUGGCAUGAUGGCUCAGCGGUUAGCACUACUGCCUCACAGUGCCAGCAACCUGUGUUUGAUUUCACCCUCAGGUGACUGUGUGAAGUUUGCACAUUCUCCCUGUGUCUGUGUGGGUUUCCUCCAGGUGCUGUAGGUGGAUUGGCCAUGUUGAUUGCCCAUAAUGUUCAGGGAUGUGUUGAUUAGGUUGGUUACAGGGGAAUAGGUCUGGGUGGGUUGGUCUGAGGUUCGGUGUGGACUUGUUGGGCCAAAGGGCCUGUUUCCAUACUGCAGGGAUUCUAUGAUUCUUCAUAAAUAGGUGAACGCUCAGCCACCACUUAUUGGGCUGGAGUUCAAGGAACAGAGCUGUUUUUGGUGGGGCAUUGGUACACCAAUUGUAAAGCAAGAAGAAAAUACAGGGACCAAGACCAUGAAGUUAUUUAAAUAUGAAGCAACUUUGGAAUUUCAGGUGUUUGGGAGCCAAUGUAAAUGAAAGAGAACAGCAGUAGCAGAGAAAUGGAAUUGAACAUGGUCAACAAUGAUCACACGAGCUGAAGUUUAUAGAGGGUGGAGAUCAGAAGGCUAGCCAGCACAGUAAUGUAAUAGCACUUGCAGGGGAUGACAAAGGAUAGAUGUUGGUUUCUACAGCAGAUGGGCUGAUGUUAGGGACCAUUGUCCACGAAGGACCUUAGGCAUCGCUGUCCGUUAAAGAGACAAUUGUCUAUAAGUAGCUUGAGGGUAGUCACUCCUCAAACAUGGGGUAAGGUGAGGAGGCUGGCUUCCAUGAACUAUCACGGCCGGUAUAGGAAUGAAAACAUGCUGAUUAUUCUGCACCAGCUGAAUAGCCAACUGAACUAGCUAACGUAGAAUAGCCAUCUGGCCAACUGAACUAACCAAGCCCCUAACAGCUGAGCUGACAGAGACAAAUGCACUGAGGUGGACUUUGUGAUGAAGAGGUUUUGGGGUUGGAAACUCUCCUAUGAAGUAAAUCUGAUGCAUAGGUUAGAACCCACCUAAGCCAAUGGUUGAGUCAGAAGGUGAAAUUGGUGAAGAUGUUAUGUAAUAAUAACGAUGAGGUGUCAAAGGUGAUAGCUGCAGUCUUCACAAUUUUUACAAGUUAGAAUUGCAGAUUGCCUCAGACUGGAUGUUCAGUAAAUAGACUGACAACACAGCAUGAGAGAAGUGGAGCUGGGUGACUUCUGCGUAGAUAUGGGAUCUAUCCUCUUACAUUUAGUUACAAAGAGGUAGUGCAUUCUGGAGGAAGAGAAAAGGUCUGUACUAUACAGAUAAACUACAGAAUGUUGACAUGAGGAGUAAGAAUAUCAUUUGUAAAGAUGACCUAGCACUGCCUAGAUUUAGGUAUGAAUAAAACCUGACAAGUUGCAGGAAAUGGAGCUAGGCAAUGAUGAAUAGAUAUUGGAACUGGAUGGUCCAGACAGUCAUGUCAAAGACUGCGGAGGUGUUAAGGAGGAUGGAGAAGGAACAAUGGCAUAUGGUCACAAUCAUAGAGGAUGCCAUUCAUAAAUUUAGCUUGGGCCAUUUGGGAGAAAUAACAAGCAGUUUGGAGAGAUUCAACAUGGAGUUGUGAGAAAAUAGGCAAGACUUGUGUAAUGUCUUCAAGUAUUUAGAAAAGGCAAAAGAGGCUGAAGAUCAGUCAUAACAGGCAAGGAAUGCGAAAUUAAGAUUUUUCUUUUGUUGGGUUGCACCGAUGGGUAUGGCUUUAAAGGAGGAAUUCUAGCAUUGUAAUCUAUAGAGACCAGUUAUUUACAAUGUCAGCUCAUAGUGGGAAAGGAAAUUGGGAAUUAAUUGCUCAAUGGCUAUGGACUGAAGAACGUGGAUCUCAUGGAUGAGAUAAAGCAUAUCCAAGUUGGAUAAAGCAUAAGGACAAAGCAAUGAAUGUUUCAGGGCCCAGGGCUGUAUCAAAAAGUAACCUGAGCUGAUUGGUGGAUAGGAGAAAUAAAUGGGGAAGGGGCAAAAACAAUUGACCAAAUGGUUUCCAAUGUUAGUACACAAUGGCCCACGAUCUCCUGACACCUUUUAGUCUGGAAUAUGUCUUCUGUCUCUGGAAUGAUCCUAUCUAUGAGCACUGAAACUCUCAUGACAUUUUUUCCCCCAAAGUUAUGUUAUCGGUUCUUCAAUGUAAACCCUUGCUGUUCAGAAACUCUCUAUUUCAUCCUUAUUUGUUGCUGAAGUCAGUUGAAUUGGUG